AUGAGCGACGCUCUCAAAUCAAUUUACAACUGGGCGACUGACGCUGGCUUAAGCGUAAACGCAGAAAAAACUGACACAAUACUUUUCACAAGAAAGUACAAGGUCACAGCAUGGACGCCACCUAACUUGAACGGAACUCUUCUGCCACUGAAAACUCAAACGAAAUACCUUGGAGUAAUUGUGGAUAGCAAACUGACGUGGAAGCCUAAUGUAGAAGAACGGGUAAAGAAGGCAACAAAUGCUUUAUACGCAUGUAAAAGGAUGCCGGGAAGUACAUGGGGUCUCUCACCCGGUCUUAUGUACUGGUGCUACACGGCUAUAGUUAGACCUAUAUUACUUUACGGUAUAUUAGUUUGGUGGACAGUUGUGAAAAAGAAAACAUAUAUAAAACCCCUGGAAAAGGUCCAAAGACACGCGGCGAUGUGCAUCACCGGUGCAAUAAGAACAACUCCGACGGCAGCUCUAGAAGUUAUACUAAACUUACCCCCAAUUGAUAUCUUUGCCGAGAAUAUGGCGGCAAAAACAGCCGAACGGCUACGCAUUACUGGGCAACUUACUCGAAGAUCUUUCGGGCAUAACGUUGUAAAUCAGAACGCCACUCUUGAUUCGGAUUAUAUGAUUCCGAUCAUGUACCCCGGAGCAACAAUAAAAACUGUGAUCGAAAACGAAGGAUGGAAAAAAGGCAUGGUGCCAAAAUGCAACACAAUAAAUGUUUUCACAGACGGUUCAAAGAUGGAAGUGGGAGUAGGAGCUGGUAUAUAUUGUGCGGAAUUGAGCAUAAGAAUGCCGUUUAAACUUCCCAACUACUGCAGUGUAUUCCAAGCAGAAGUGUUUGCUGUUAAGAAAGCGGCGGAGCUUGUGUGUAGGGAUGAAACCAGAAACUACUGCAUAAAUUUCUAUGUGGAUAGCCAAGCAGCCAUUAAGGCGAUCAAAUCUUACUGGUCAUCAUCCAAAAAUGUUCUAGAAUGCAAGGAAGCUAUAACAAGACUAGCCUGCAACCGCAGACUUUACAAUAACACCUCGGCUGAGAAAUCCAUAGAACAACAUCCGUAUUUUGGUGUACGGAUGAAAUUUUGUUCAUCGGCUAUCUUGAAAAAGCCCCGACUAUCAACAACGAUAGUUGCCACAACUGGUGUAGUUGAAGGAGAAAAUUGCGAAGUAACUGGUUCAUGUGAAAAAAGGACCUACUUUUUCACCAGAUCUCUUAACUAUACGGAUGGUACCGUAACCUCAGAAAAACCAUUUCUUUUUAUAAUCGAUUAA